AGAGACCCCGUUGUUAUAGCCCCGCCUCUGAGCUCUGUCAUGGCGGCAUCCUGUAGUCAAGCCUGUGUGAGGGAACGGGAUGCUGGGGUUUUUAUCUGCACGACAAGCGGGUUUGGACGACCCUCUUCGCCUUCGGCGAGCAGAGUCCACGCGGAGGGUUUUGGGAAUGGAGUUAAACAAAGACAGAGAUGUUGAAAGAAUCCAUGGCAGUGGAGUUAACACCCUUGACAUUGAACCUGUUGAAGGGAAAUACAUGUUAUCAGGUGGUUCAGAUGGUGUGAUUGUACUUUAUGACCUUGAAAACUCCAGCAGACAGCCUUAUUAUACAUGUAAAGCAGUCUGUUCCAUUGGCAGAAACCAUCCUGAUGUUCAUAAAUACAGUGUGGAGACUGUACAGUGGUAUCCUCAUGACACUGGCAUGUUCACAUCGAGCUCAUUUGAUAAAACUCUAAAAAUAUGGGAUACAAAUACAUUACAAAUUGCUGAUGUAUUUAAUUUUGAGGAAACAGUUUAUAGUCAUCAUAUGUCUCCUGUCGCCACCAAGCACUGUUUGGUAGCAGUUGGUACUGGAGGGCCCAAAGUACAACUUUGUGAUUUAAAGUCUGGAUCCUGUUCCCACAUUCUACAGGUUAUAUUUGCAGGUCACAGGCAGGAGAUAUUGGCAGUUUCCUGGUCACCACGUUAUGAUUAUAUCUUGGCAACAGCAAGUGCUGACAGUAGAGUAAAAUUAUGGGAUGUGAGGAGAGCAUCGGGAUGUUUGAUAACUCUUGAUCAGCAUAAUGGGAAAAAGUCACAAGCUGUUGAAUCAGCAAACACUGCCCAUAAUGGGAAAGUUAAUGGCUUGUGCUUUACAAGUGAUGGGCUUCACCUCCUCACUGUUGGUACAGAUAAUCGAAUGAGGCUCUGGAAUAGUUCCAAUGGAGAAAACACACUAGUGAACUAUGGAAAAGUUUGUAAUGACAGUAGAAAAGGAUUGAAAUUCACCGUUUCUUGUGGCUGCAGCUCAGAAUUUGUUUUUGUACCAUAUGGUAGCACCAUUGCUAUUUAUACAAUUUACUCUGGAGAACAGAUAACUAUGCUUAAGGGACAUUAUAAAAGUGUUGACUGCUGUGUAUUUCAGUCUAAUUUCCAGGAACUUUAUAGUGGUAGCAGAGAUUGCAAUAUUCUUGCUUGGGUAUCAGCCUUAAAUGAGCCACUUCUUGAUGACGAUGAGGCUACAGGCAAAUCACAGUUAAAUCCAGCAUUUGAAGAUGCCUGGAGCAGCAGCGAUGAAGAAGGAUGAAUAUUAAUUCUUGGUACCUUCAUGCCUCUAUUGAUAAAACUUUAAAAAUAGGAGCCACUAUUUUUUCUAAAUGUUCAGUCUAUUUCUGACAGUGAAAUUAACACUGAAUUUGAGUGAUUUACUUCUGUCUUUGAAGAUGAGGUUAGUAUUUGCAUGAAAUUCUAAAACAGCUUCUGUAUAGUCUGUUUAGUCAAAACACUUCUGCUUAAUCUCAUUUGCUGGGGCAAACCCUGUUGCUACAGUACAAGGAGACAAGUCAUGCACCUCAUGUGGGACCUUGGGCAGAUUGUAUGAACCAUACAAUGAAGUCUCAGAGGAUCAUCAAGUGGAGGUUCUCAGCAUUGACUUUCUUCUACGGGCUGUACUAUCACCCUGCUCAUUUUCACCUUUGAGGAUGAUUUCAGUGAAGAUUACAUCAAAAAUAAUAGUUGAAAAGGUAGUAUCAAAUCUUUCUUACUUGUGUAAUCACUUUUUUGCAGUGAUUCAUGUAGUCACCACCCUCUGGCUUUAUGUUAAACAGUUUUUGGACUCUGCCUGUCACAAUUCAGAAAAAGUGCAUCUCAGGAAGCUUUUAAUUUGGAAAACUUUCUGCUCAUGGGCUAAUACAGCUCUCCUAGUUUGUGCUCUCCCAAGGCUUGGAAAGAAAUGGUGUUACAAUCCUAACCUGUUUUCUUUUGUCACUAAAAACCAUAAGUAAGUCAAUGCUUAAGACCAAGUUCCUCAAGCUUCUCAUAUUUUAUGCUUUAAAAGUCUAUCCAUGGUUAUUGCAUAGGGUUUGCAGAGUUUCUAGACAGACAUCUCCAGUCCUGGCCAGUUUCCUUGGCAUUUGUGUCAGCUCUUGAAGGCAACAAAUGAUUAGUUCAAGUGGCACAGGCUACUUCUCUUUUGUUCAUCUCAUUCUUUGUGGCAAGAUUAGAGAGUAAAGAGCAAUGGAGCUUUCAAUAUCUCUUGGACAAACACCAGCAGGCGCAGGAGAGCUGCUACUUCCCACGUGGCUCAGACUCCUAACUCUCCGGCUUCUCCUCACCCUGUAUAAUAACAUCAUCCACUGUUACAUGAAUCUGUAUAAAUAAAAAUGCUGUUUAAAGUUGUGGAAGUAACAUUCCUAAUAAGGAUUUGAGAAUUGAAUUAUUAACUGAUUUUACUGUAUUAUUGCAAUGUUUUCAUGUAUAUAUCUAAUAUACAUAUAUUACAUAUUCAAAA